AUGAAAAUCGUCGAGAUAUCAGUCAAUCAGGAAGAGGACGUGGUAGAGGUCAUGGAGGAAGCGAAAGAGGAAGAGGACGUAGCAGAAAUCAACAAUUUAGAAGAGGUGACAACAAUGAUGGAAAUACCCAGUUCACAAGAGGCAGAGGUCGUGGACGUGGAAAAGGUAGAGGAAGAGGAAACUGGAGAUCAAAUGAUGGAAGAGACAAAUCCAACAUCCAGUGUUACAAUAAGUUCGCCUAAGCAAAUAGAGGAAACAGCUAACAACAUUCAAGAAGAGGAUGUUACAGGCACCGUAUUGCUAACACAUGAUGGAGAAAUAAAUUCUCAAAAUAAUAUGUGGUACCUGGAUACUGCAGCAAGUAAUCAUAUGACUGGCAAUAAGAAGAUAUUUGUGAAACUUGACAGAUCUAUUUGUGGCAAUGUAGUAUUUGGAGAUAAAUCAAAAAUCGACAUUAGAGGUAAAGGAACCACUCUUAUCCGGCGAAAGAAUGGAUGUCACCAGUUCACUGAUAAUGUUUAUUUUGUGCCUAACUUGAAAAGUAAUAUUUUGAGUUUGGGACAAUUGUUGGAGAAAGAUUAUGAAGUCCAUAUGAUGAAUAGAAAGUUGUUGCUGUUGAAUGAGAAAAAGGAGCUAGCUGUUAGCAAGAGUACCAAUGUCAAAGAAACGAAUGUUUCCCUUGAAUAUUCAGAUGGAUGUUGCAAAAUGCUUGAAAGUAUGCAUGAAGAAUUCCCAUUGGCUUUAGCAUUUAAGGUUUGGGCUUCCCAAUUUUGGAGGGCUAAAGUUACUAAGUCAAAAGAAGAUGGUGCAUGGAUUACCACCAAUUGA